AGGGAAGGCAGGUGCGCGCAUGGCACUCUCUCCAAGCCCUCCCCUCUGGCACCGUGUCAACAUUACUGGCACUUGGCACUUGGCUCUCCCUUCUCACUCUCCCUCUACCUGUUGAGUCCGCCUUCGCCGUGUCGUAUAAGUGCUCCCGACCGGGCACCGACGCGCCAGUGGUACGGCAGACGCGGGAGAGGAAGGACCGCUCGCCAGUCCUUUCGCUCGCCGACGUUGAACCCCCAAAGCUCGUGUGUUGGAGCGAUUUCUCCCCGCGUUUUUAUUUUUCGUAGACGUUUCUCGCGCUCUGCUUUGAUCCGUGAUUAUUACCUAAGGAAGAUUUUAACGUUAAGCGGGGAUACUGUGUGUUGACUGCUACGUCGUGCUUGAGUUUUGUUUAUGUGACUGUGAACUUUGCUCAUGUUUUCCUUCGUGUCGUUGACUCACCGUUGAUUUUCCUAGAGGUGUUAUACGUUCAAUAAAUUGUAUAUAUAUAUAUAUAUAUAUAUAAACCCAAAUGCGCUGUUAAUUGUUGCGUUAAGUCCAUAUAUAUAUAUCUAAAAUAGAAUAAUAACCAGAAAAGAAUCAAAAUACAGAGAGAAAAACGAAAAGAAAAAUAAUCAUAAUUUUUGAAAACGGUGACCCUUACAAAAAUCCUCACUGACAACACCAAAAGACCCAAGAAACAAUAAUAAUAAAAAAAGAAAACGAAAGAAAAGGAAAGAAAAGAGAAAGAAAAACAACACACUCACAAUGUAAAGGAAAAAAACACCGCCUCUUACAACACAAAAACAAAAAAAAAACAAUGAAAAACAAGAAGGGUCCUCUCCACGACACAAACCUGGACCGGAAGCGACUGGGGCGACAGAAGAAGAGGAGAGAGCAAUUAUGGGCGUGAAUUUCGGGCGUGCUGGAAAAGACAAGUGUAGAUUAGGCUUCACAAGCUCCUAUGUUAUCCCCGUUCUAGAGUCCUACAUGCAACAGACGCCAAGAUGAACGCUUCAACUCUCUGCACGAAGCUUGCCGAGAAUCAGUUGCAAGGACGGGCACUCUACACCCGGCAUCUGAAGACAGUCGUGGGCGGUUUGGUUCUCGUGACGUUAGUGAUGCUCGUGAUGUACACCACGCCCACGCCCACGGCCCUUAUUCUCUCGGCAGCCAACAGCUUAAGGGACACAGAGAAGUUCCCCAAGACCUCCGUAUCUUCAGGAAAGGCAGGAUACGACGUGGCAGCCUCCCUCCGGCAGGAGAAGGAGAAGGAGGAGAAGGAGAAAGAGAAGGAGAGGGAGAAACAGACAGAAGAAAGACAGGUGGAAAGGGGAAUCCCCGAGAAGGUCUUUGGUCCAAGCUCACAAGAGAGAGAGUCUCUGAGAUCCGAGGUGUUGAUGGCUGGCGACGGAGCGGAGGCCCAGUGCCGCCCGCAACACCAUGUCAUGUUCCUGAAGACUCACAAGUGCGCCUCGUCCACCGUCCAGAAUAUUUUCCUUCGUUAUGGUUACACAAACAACCUCACGUUUGCCCUUCCUGGAGGCGGGAAUUACCUGGGAAAUCCUGGCCUGUUUAAGGCCGGCCUCAUCCCGAAGAACCUUCUGCCUCCGAGUGGUAAGGUCGACAUCUUCGCCGUCCACACUCGCCUCAACUUCAAGGAACACUCGAGCGUCUUACACAACGAUACACGCUGGGUGACCCUCGUGAGAGAUCCGGCCACGCUGUACGAGAGUCUCUUCAAUUUUUUCCACCUUAAGAAUGGAUAUAAUUUGGAUCUUUCGUCUUUUAGUUCCCAGCCUAUGUCGCGGUUGAUGGAGCUGCCGCGCUACGGCGGGAAGUUCGGCAAGAACCAGAUGCUGUUCGACCUCGGCUACAGCGACAACAUGUCGGUGACGCAGCUGCGGCAGGCGAUCGAGGAGCUGGACGGCCUCUUCGACCUGGUGAUGGUGGCCGAGCGGAUGGACGAGUCGCUGGUCCUGCUGCGCCACCUGCUGUGCUGGAGCCUCCACGACGUCGUUGUGUUCACCAAGAACGCCCGCCGCCAAGAGGUCAAGCCGACGCUCGACCCGCAGACGAGGCAGACGCUGCGGGAGCUGAACAGCGCCGACGCCCUCCUCUACGACCACUUCAUGGCCAAGCACCGCCGCGCCGUGCUCGAGUUCGGCGUCCGCAGGAUGGCCGACGAGGUGUCGGCGCUGCGCAGCCUCCGCGACGAGUACUUCGAGGACUGCGGCGCCCGCGAGGUCAAGGGCAAAGACUCCACCCUCAAGUUCAAGGAGUACUCGGGGCUGGUGAGCUCGUACGUGACCUCCAACAACUCUGACCAGAACUGCCUCAUGCUGUCCCUCCCCGAGCUGCCCCUGGUGGACACCGUGAGGCGGAAGCAGCUCAAAACCCUGGAGGAGAUGCGCGCGCCCUCCUAGCAGCGUGCCAGGGUCAUCCUCCGACUGACUCGCCGUUGUUAUCGUUCCAAAUCAAACCGAGCUGAAGAUGUGACGCGAGGAACCUCCUGGGUCGAGGCUUGAAGUCUAACGUUCUUCCACUCUGACCGCAGCACAUGGCUUCCAGUUGUGUGUGUUAUAAGUAAUCUAUUUUUGUACAUUAUCCUGAGCGAUGUUGUUGAUGAUGAAUGUGUUGAUUUUUUUCCCUUCUUGAUUUUCCUUUGCUGUUUCGAGUCAGCAAACCAGCACCGAAGUGCCUCUUGUUUGGUGUAUAAACAAGGCUGUGAGAUUUUCAUACCUUUGAUAACGCUCAUUGGGUGCCUUUAAAAAAAUGACGAGUUCCCAAUGAUUUUUUUCAAUAUUGUUGAAUUUGUGUACUUUGUAAUGCACAUGUGAUGAGCGCUAAAGACAGAUAGUCUAUAUUUUUGUCAGUUUAGAAACAAAACGAGAGUGCUUUAUGUUCCUGCAUAUCAUGAUUCUACGUUCACAAUCAGCAAAAUACGAAGAAGUAAUAAUAACAAUAAAAACAAAACAACAACAAAAAAAGCGAAAAAGAUGGAAGGAGAAGAAGACAGUGUUUCUUCCUCGUUUGAAGAAGUAUAAGGAACUGUAAUCAUUUUUCGCUGUGAACAUGUGCGCCAAGGGCCUCUCACCCUCCCCACCCCCACACGCCCCCUGACAGAGUCCUUCACCCAACCAGGGAGGGGGGGGGGGGGGUCGUCCGUACAUGUCCAGACUUUGCUGAAGCUAAAUGAAUUCGAUCCAGGUAACUGUUUGCAGCCAGGGUUGUGGAGUUGGGAGUCACACUGUCAAUAUUAUUUUUUCUGUAGACGUGUGGAAAUAUAUAGUUGAAUGAUUC